CUACGUCACCCUUCCAGCGGAGGAGUGGACGGACCCCUGUAACAAAAGAUACGGCGAAGAGAGCCGAGGAGACGCAGAAGAACUGGCCGAGGGGGAGAGAGGCCACAGCACCGAGCCUCUUCCCCGUUUCCUCCCACGGGUCCCGCUCGCCUUUUUGACGCCAACGGGGACAUUUUUUUUUUCCUCCCAGGGUUCGCGACAUCCACCGCUGCGGCUGAAAUGCCAUGUCACGUGUGGCUUUCUUGGCUUUUCCUGAGCAGACAGUCGUCACACACUCGGAGAUAACUGCACUGUGUCCCAGCCUAGCGGAUCGGAGUGAAAGUCCGCCAUAUUCUGCCGUACCACGCCCGGGAGUCGAGCCGUUUGGGAAAUAGACGGCACGGCCGUGUUCAUGGCUGUAUCGCCCACGGAGGAUCACGCCAACCGAGGUGGAUUUUUCCUCUCUUUUUGGGGGGGCUGAUUGAACGAGAAGAAGGCGGAAGGGCUUCGGAGGGAGUGUGGCAGCACGCGGACGGCAAACUGGAGGUGUCUUAAAAUGAUCUGUUGAUCAUACUCGGAAGGGGAAAAGGGCAAAUUGCACCAAUUAAGACCCCGCGGAGAUCCAAACUGCUCGGGACGUCAUUUCCCAUCAUUUAGCUUAUUUCCAAGCUGUCGGGGAAAGAAGAAGCUUAUCAAAAAGCCAAUCAUUCCCCAUAAUAUCUGAUCAAUUGGCCUUGGCUCCAAUCUGCGCGGCGUCAGGCUGGACACUAAAAGGCGUUUAUUCGUGUUUCCUGUAUGAGGACAUUAUUGGACAGACCGCUGCCGGAUCUCUGAUAUCUGAAUGAAUCAGUGAGGAGGGAGGAAGAGGAAGAGGAGGAGGAGGAGGAGGGGGCACACACACAUCAAGAAGUGCGUGUUUAAAAAAUAAAUAAUAAUUUAAAAAAAAAGCCCAAGGAGCGAGAAUGACCCUGGAAUCCGUCAUGUCGUGUUGCCUCAGCGAGGAGGGGAAAGAAGCCCGGAGGAUCAACGACGAGAUCGAGAGGCAGCUCCGCCGGGAUAAGAGGGACGCGCGCCGGGAGCUGAAGCUGUUGCUUCUGGGCACCGGGGAAAGCGGGAAGAGCACAUUCAUCAAACAGAUGAGGAUUAUCCACGGCACCGGCUACUCUGACGAGGACAAAAGGGGUUUCACCAAACUGGUCUAUCAGAACAUCUUCACGGCCAUGCAGGCCAUGGUCCGGGCCUCCGAGACGCUCAACGUCCCGUACAAAUACGAGCACAACAAGGGCAACGCAAACAUCGUGAGAGAGGUGGACGUAGAAAAGGUCACCAUGUUUCAGAAUCCUUACGUAGAUGCCAUCAAGAGCUUAUGGAACGACCCGGGCAUCCAGGAGUGCUACGACCGGAGGAGGGAGUACCAGCUCUCAGACUCCACCAAAUAUUACCUGAACGCCUUGGACCGGAUUUCUCAGACAGGAUACCUCCCCACCCAGCAGGACGUGUUGAGGGUUCGAGUCCCCACCACGGGCAUCAUCGAGUACCCGUUCGACCUGCAGAGUGUCAUAUUCAGGAUGGUGGAUGUCGGAGGUCAGAGGUCUGAGAGGAGGAAGUGGAUCCACUGCUUCGAGAACGUGACCUCCAUCAUGUUCCUGGUGGCGCUCAGCGAGUACGACCAGGUUUUGGUGGAAUCGGACAACGAGAACCGAAUGGAGGAGAGCAAAGCUCUGUUUAGGACAAUUGUCACAUACCCCUGGUUCCAGAACUCCUCGGUCAUUCUCUUCCUCAACAAGAAGGACCUGUUGGAGGAGAAGAUAAUGUACUCUCAUCUGGUGGACUAUUUCCCAGAGUAUGACGGCCCCCAGAGGGACGCGCAAGCGGGCCGAGAGUUUAUCCUCAAGAUGUUUGUGGACCUGAAUCCAGACAACGAUAAGAUCAUCUACUCCCACUUCACCUGCGCCACCGACACGGAGAACAUCCGCUUCGUCUUCGCCGCCGUCAAAGACACCAUCCUGCAGCUCAACCUGAAGGAGUACAACCUGGUGUAGAGCCCCCACUGACUGACGCAAUCUGUCAAAGGAAGGAUCAGAAUGCACACGCAAGAAAAGAUCAUCAGAGUGGGGGGGGGGGGGGGGGGGGGGGGUGGUUGCAUAAUACUAAUUUAUUUGCCAUUUGUUGAUCUCUUGGUGCUCAAGAGUUGAGCAAAGUAAAUGUUAUCUCGCUAUUUAAGGAGUUGUUUAAAUAAGCCAACAAUGCUCAUUUUGCGCAUAGUAAAGUUUUGGGGGGGGUUGUUUUGCUUUUGACAGACGUAGAAACUUGAGGUUUUGUUUGGUCGCUCCAUCAGAGCCGGAACUGCUCACGCAAGCUCUUGCCUUUUUUAAAAUGAGAAGAACAUUUCCGUACUCUUUUUUUUUUUUUUUUUUUUUUUUUUCCUCCUAUUGGGUCAACAGAAAAAUAUCUCAAAUUGACAGCUUCCUUUGUACUUCAAAGGACUGAUGGUGUUUUGGUUGUGAAAUAGGUUUAAACUGUGAUUUAAAAGAAGAAAAAAGAAAAAAAGCUUUCACAUUGAUUUGGUAUCUGCUGACUUGAAUCAUUAGCAUUCUUUUUAUUAUUAGAUUGAAUUCGGUUACAUCCGUCAUGUGUGACCGUGGAAGACAUUUCUUUGGGGGGGUGGGAAUAGCCCGAGUCUUGACAGGUACACAGGUUCUCUGGCAGCAACGUAAGCGUGAAGCUUCUGAAGCUUGUGAAGCUUCUGAAGCUGAACACAAAGGGGCUUUAGAAAGGCUCUGCGGUGAGGAUUCACCUCGGACGUGAGAUGAGGACGGGGUGGUUGAUGAGACCCUGCUGUUAGAUGGUAACGCUCCUGCUGCGCCACAUUAACGCUUUUUAUUGUACAUUUGUCGCUGAUGCCAAAACCACUUGAGCACCAUAGUCCACUUUGCACCGUUCACUGCUUGAAUGGAACCUGAGUAGAUGCUGAUGAACCAACGCUUUAGCCAAUGACUUAUUGAUCAACUCCUGCAAGUAUUCAACAGUCAAUGGUACUCCACCCCCCCCAUCCCGGCUGUCCUGACUUGUAGUUCAAUGGCAGCAGGAAAUACAUUUGGCUCAUUUCUAAAAGGACAUAAUAUUGAUGUUCAGUCUGGACCAAAGGAUGCCCUUCUUCUCUCUGGUUGACACCUCUGAAUCCCCUUAUUCAACGUUAUCUUAAGUAUCUUUUGUCAAAAUUCAAAAUUUAUUGAGGCAUAGUGCAAUUAUACAUGCUAUGAUCGUUGUACAUACAUCUCUCUACAUAAAUGGCAGAAUCUUUGACUUUUCAAUCAUUACUUCUUUAGCCGAUUGAAUGCGGUAUUGAAAAUAUGUAUCUAUGUAAUUCUAUUGUACGUCUAAUUCAUUUGUUUGUUUGUUUUUGUUUCCUUUUUUUCUAAGAGAAUGUAAAUGUUGUGUUUUGACAGUUUUGUUUCUAUGGAGGAAUAUAAUCAUCCAGAAACUCAUUGAUCGACAUGCUAGUUCUUAUGGUAGCCAGUUUGUUAAAUUUAAUUUUUUAUAGAAAAAAAAAAAACUGCAGACUGAAUCCAAUCUACAGGGCUAAUUGUGAAUAGUUUAGUUCUUUAAAGGCUUCACAUUGUUAACUAGCUUCAGGAACAGCGCACUCGUCAUAUAGGUGUCAUCGCGUCACUCUUCUACUUCUUUUACAUUUAACUUAAUCACAUAGCGUCACACUAAGUAUUUAUUAACUUUGAGAUUCCUUAGUGUCCCCACCUGGCCACCGUAGUACGUUUUAUUUAACUAGCACCGCUAGGACCAGGUGGACGGCAGGCAGGCUGAGUUUGGCUUUGGCUCAUCUCAUUAAGGAAGUAUUUAUCUUGUUUGUGCUAAUAGAUGAGAAUGUCUCCCUAAACACGGCCUAAAAUGAAACUCCGGUGCUUUUAUACUUCUGUUUUCUUUUUUUUUUUUUAACUUCAUGUCAAUCUUGAGUGUCACAAUUUCAUUGAAAUGUACAGUAUUAUUUCCGACUUUAUUUAUGUAAUGACAACAUAGGAGAAAGAACCUGUACAUAUUGCCUUAUUGAAUAAGCUGUGCCUCUGAAGUCUCAUCAACGCCCCUGUGCUUCUAGGAGAAGUGAAGCUAGUGUUUGGUUAUGGCUCAGCGGUCUCUCUCUGUCUGUCAGCGCUAUACGAAGCAUAGCUUAUACAACAGCAUUACAAGAAACCAUAAGAGCAUCAUGAGUGGAUUGAAAUCUGAACGUACCGUCCAUUGAUUUCAUAAUGUAGUCGCUUAAGGUUCAUUUCUUAAAACUCCUGGCACAGUGCACUAUGAUGCAUUAAACAACCCGGUGACACUACAACUAAGCAACAUAUCAUCAGGAUGUGGAGCCUGAGCCACUAUCUGGACCUUUUGCUCCAUUUGGCACCAACCAGAACCUCCCUCGGGGGGACGGUUGUUUUCAGAUAUGUCAGUUGGCCAGGAACAUUUCUUACAAGAUUGACUGACUUUGGCAGACCAGACAACCGCGUCCACAAGUCAAUUUCCAGCUUCGUUUAGUGAGAAUUUUGUUUGAUCUUCUGAUAUAACCACUUCUCAACAGCAGGGCCUCAUAGGCAGACACUAAGGGGCCAACUUGUCACACUUUUCCCUGAAUGUUAAAAACAGUGUUGAUGUGAUUCUGCUUGUUGCCAGAGGAGAUGUUCGGAAGAUGGACUCCAGUUUAAAUUUAUCAGUGUUGAUGGUGGAGUUGUAGUAAUCAGUAACUUGUGUCCCCGCUAUGAUAAAGUGCUUUAUGUACCUGAUGCUUAAAGGGAAAACCCUGUGAGCACAGAAUGCCUGGUGUGCGUCAAAGAGUAAUGAUGAAAAAAAAAGACCAUAUACUAUUCAUGUCUCGGCAAAAAUACAAAUGAUAAUUGGAUUUUGUUCGAUAAAUAUGAGCCACAAAGGACAAUUUGCGAGCCUUGUGAGUAACUUGUUCACAUCGUUACUCUGGGGGAGCACGUGUGAGUUGGAUUUUCCCUUUAAGAGACUCCAGCUGGUGUUGACAGUUUGAAAUCUCUGCUGCUGUUUGGAUUUCAUGCAACAUGUUAAUGAGCACAGUGUUAGGUACGCAGUGUGUUGAGGACUGCUUCAUGUAAAACUACAGGCUUGAGUUUUGGAAAAACAGCUUUACAUAAACUGCUCGUUUGCUCCCAGAUGCUUCUCUAACUCUAAAAUGGGAUUUACGGUAUUAUAUUGACAUUAAAUUGAGAUAAAUAAAGCAGAGACCCUCCAUCCUCUUAAUUGACAAGUGAAAUCUUUGCACUUAACUGUUCCCACUUAUUAUAAUGUUAAGUCUUUCUGUUGUGGUCAAUGUUCUUGUUGCAAAUCAAUCAUGAUGAUUCAGAGUGGACUGGAGUUUUAUUACAUGUAUGUAUUGAGAGCAUUGCUCAAAAAGAGGACAAACAGAGAGUAAAUAACACAAAAUAACUCAGAA